CUACAACCACCAGACGACGGGCGGCCUCAGUGAGGCGGCGAAGCAAAGCUGCUGCUCGGCCUCAAGAUGGCUUUGGCGUCGUCAGUACCUUCAUCGGCUUCGCGUUCGCACUUGCAGCGUUCCGCCGAUGCGCGCACGUACAGGACACGGCGCUCACUGGUACGGAAGGCACCAAGGCGUAUACGGCAGAGGAGAUGCGCUGGUACGGCAUCGGCAUCGAGGUCGACGGUAAGGUCACAGAAGGACCGCAGCGCGACAUCGAGGCCCAGCACCGCGUUCUCUCUCACCCACGGUCGCUGCUCAGUUCCUUGGCUAGCCCGCGCCUCCCGCAGAGCGAGUUCAUGGGCAAGAUCCGUUCGACGGCGCGCAUCGUCAGCGACAAGUACAAGCGAUCCCUUGGCAAGCGUCCGCGGAGGCUCGUCAUCGGCAAGCCGACGCUCGUGGCCACGACGGAUCACCGAGUGAGUGCGAGGAUGGGUGUACCGCCUGUGGCGAGUCACCCGGCGCCGAUACCGUUCGAGGACAUGAACCUGAGCCACUAUGCACCGAGCGGGAUUCGAGCAUCGCGGGUCAACUACUCAACUCGCGAUAAUGCAAGCGCAGCUCCGUCGAUUCGGUCAUCUUCCACAAGCAAUGGCUCCAUCCGCACACACGAGGUCGAAGCUGUCGUGCAUACCGCCGCGCGUGCGACGAGUGUGCGUUCAGGUUAUUCGGCUGCCUCCGCUGACGGUCAGAAGACUCCGGACAUGAAUCGCCCGCGCUUGGUGCCCUUCACGAGUGCGAGUCGUGUCCCCGUGCCUAAGCUUCCGUCGCCGUCGACCUGGACUCGCCUGUGCUCGACGAAGCGUGUGGCGAGCCAGAUGGCUAAGAUCAUCCGAGGUGCUGCAGGCAUGGAGAAGAGGGCUCCUGUCAACGACAAAGUGCACUACGUGCAUGCGCUCGGCGACGACACGCAGAGUGCGGCAAGUGGGUCUAUCGGCAAUUCUCCCACUGGGACCUUCUCCGUCGAGUCCUCGCAGCACGGACAUGAUGCGGCUCGAUGCGAGAUGCUCGCGCGCACGGGCGAGCAAUUCAAGUUCCGUGUGCCCGUUUCCUACAGCGCUGGUUCGCCGCUCACCUCCGCUCGAGCUCUCCCGCAAGCAGAAGACCCUCGAGGCGCGGCUCAUGAAGGCAAGCCGCUCCACGGUUCGUGAAGACGGACCUAACGCGAUCGCGAGCAGCGCGCCGGUCGGAAGCGCGUGGUGGAGUUUUGGGGCACGCCCACCAGCAAGGACACGAGCGAACUCAACGUGGCAUUAUGAGAAGGAGACCGAGAGGUGCGUGGGGCGAGUGAUCAUCCAGAUUGUAGAGAGGAGCUCGUGAGCGAACUGGG